AUGGCCGGGGAGUCCGUCCUCGCGACGGGCAGUUUCGAUGCAACAGUGGGCAUCUGGCGGCGAUGGGAUAGUUACGGUCAGGAAGAGGGUGUCGGGCUUGGGAUGAGCAGUGACGAUAAACAGACUCCAAUCGAUACUUCGACGGAAGCUCCCAACGGUGCCGACACCGCAGACCGCGAAGAAGACGAAGAAGAAUGGCGGUUUGCAGUCCUGCUCGACGGCCACGACAGCGAAGUCAAGUCGGUAUCAUGGUCUGCUUCGGGGAUGCUGCUGGCAACAUGCUCACGCGACAAGUCAAUUUGGAUCUGGGAGGAUCUCGAUGAUGGUGAUAACAACUUCGAGACUGUUGCUGUGAUGCAGGAGCACGGGGGCGAUGUGAAGUGUGUUUCGUGGCAUCCUUCAGAGGAAUGUCUUGCUAGCGGGAGCUAUGACGAUACCAUCCGGCUAUGGCGGGAGGAUCUGGAUGACUGGGGCCAGGUGGCAUGUAUCAAGGGGCAUGGGGGGACAGUUUGGUAUUUGGAUUGGGAGGGGGAAGACACAGAGGAGAAGUGGAACGGGCCAAUUUUCGAAUCCGUUUCCGAGUCUGAGCUGGGCCCUUUACAAGCUCAGUGGCGUUCCCAGAGAGCCCUCUCCGGCCCGCGCCUCCUUUCCUGCUCGGACGACCGCACAGUGCGCGUGUGGCGGCGCCAGCCGAAGGAAUCGCAGCAGAUGGGAGCGCUGUCUUCUGCGGCGACGGGUAUCCCGAGCAUCAUCCGGCCUACUGGGACGGAUGAGUUUUGGGAGGAAGAUGCUGUGCUCCCGCAUGCGCAUGAACUGCCGGUUUAUGCUGUUGCAUGGAGUAAGCGGACCGGGCUUGUUGCUUCGACUGGUGCAGAUGGACGGAUUGCAAUUUAUGAGGAGCGGUUUGUUACAUCGGAGCAGGAUCAGCCGGCUGAUUCCGAUGCAUCAAAUGCCACUCCUGGUAGUGUGCUGCGGACGGAUUGGGUGCUUGUUGCCAUUCAGGAUGGAGCGCAUGGGAUUUACGAGAUUAAUCAUAUUGCUUGGGCAAAGAGGGCGGAUCGGGGGUCUGGGGGGGAGGAGGUACUUGUUUCAACGGCUGAUGAUGGGAGUGUCAAGGUUUGGACUGUGACGAGGUGA